AAGAUCAAAGGAGAGUUAUCCAGUGGAUACAUACAACCAAUGGCUCUCACAUCGUCUCUCUGAAUAACUUUCCUUCACUUUCUCGCACUUUCUCAUUUCCCCCAGCAUUGCACAGAACCUCUAAAGGAUGUCACUUUCUUCUCCCUUCAACGUCUUCGCUUCCUGUUCCUACACACCCAAACCCAAAACCUUCCUCAGAGACUCCAAACUCCUCUCACGACCUCAGCAAUUAAACUCAUUCCCUCUCGCUUCCACCUUCCAAACCAAUGAACCCUCAAAGAAUCUCAGACUCAAACCAGUUUCAUCUCUUGAAACCGCUCCGACAUCGUCUUCUUCCACCUUCAGGAACAAAAGCCCCAGCGAGAUAAACAUUCUAGUCGUCGGCUCCACCGGGUACAUAGGCAGAUUCGUGGUUCAAGAGCUCGUCAAAAGAGGCUUCAACGUGAUCGCAGUUGCAAGAGAGAAGAGCGGCGUCAGAGGCAAAAACGACAAGGAAGCGACUUUAAAACAGCUCCAAGGCGCUAACGUCUGUUUCUCCGACGUCACCGAUCUAGCCUCCCUCGAGCAAUCCGUGGAGAGUCUCAACCUAGGCAUCGACGUCGUCGUCUCCUGCCUCGCCAGCCGCAACGGAGGCAUCAAAGACUCGUGGAAGAUCGACUACGAAGCUACCAAGAACAGUCUCCUCGCCGGCAAGAAGUUCGGCGCGAAACACUUCGUCCUCCUCUCUGCUAUCUGCGUGCAGAAGCCUCUCCUCGAGUUCCAGCGAGCCAAGCUCAAGUUCGAAGCAGAGCUUAUGGAGGUUCAAGACUCUACCUUUACGUACAGCAUCGUUAGACCGACGGCGUUCUUCAAGAGCUUAGGUGGACAGGUGGACAUCGUCAAAGACGGGAAGCCUUACGUGAUGUUCGGAGACGGGAAGCUCUGCGCUUGCAAACCCAUCAGCGAGGAGGAUUUAGCUUCGUUCAUAGCGGACUGUGUCUUGGAAGAGAGCAAGAUCAAUAAGGUGUUACCUAUCGGUGGGCCUGGGAAGGCCUUGACGCCUUUGGAGCAAGGGGAGAUUUUGUUUAGGAUACUUGGGAGAGAGCCUAAGUUCUUGAAAGUUCCUAUUGAGAUUAUGGACUUUGUGAUUGGUGUUCUUGAUGGGAUCGCGAAGGUGUUUCCUAGUGUUGCGGAGGCUGCUGAGUUUGGGAAGAUUGGGAGGUACUAUGCUGCGGAGAGUAUGUUGAUUCUUGAUCCUGAGACUGGGGAGUAUAGUGAGGAGAAGACGCCGAGCUAUGGGAAGGAUACUCUUGAGGACUUUUUUGAGAAGGUUGUUAGAGAAGGGAUGGCUGGUCAAGAGCUUGGUGAGCAGUUCUUUUAGUGUGUUAAGUGUUGUAACUGUUGAGAUUAUAUAAUCUGUGAAGUUGAGAGAUUAUAUCACAGGUAAUUUUCCUGGAUCAAGAAUAUAUAUGAUACAUUA